CCCAGUCGAGCGUUUGUUCGAUUUGUUGGUCAAAUAAUUUGUCUCUGUCUGGGCUGGAGAAUAAAUACAAUAUAUUUAUUUUACAAAAAAAUAUCGCCAAACAAACAAUAAUCUCGGACUCGGUGCAUAACUGAGAGUCUUUGACGCUGCACGACAUGGACCAGGACUAUGAGUGUCGGCUGCUCAGGCAGAUUAACAUCCAGAACGAGAACGCCAGCCCUUUAAAGGCCAUAGAUGCAGUACGAGCGCUGACACCCACCAACUCCCCCCUGUCGUCACCAAGCAAACAUGGCGACCGCUUCAUCCCCUCCCGUGCCGGCGCCAACUGGAGCGUCAACUUCCACCGCAUCAACGAGAACGAGAAGUCUCUCAAUCAGAACAGGAAGACAAAGGAUGGUACAACAGACACUAGCAAAGCGGACGGCCUGGCGUACUCUGCCCUACUGAAGAACGAGCUGCUGGGGGCGGGCAUAGAGAAGGUCCAAGACCCCCAGUCAGAGGACCGCCGCCUCCAGCCCUCCACCCCCGCCAAGAGGAGCCUCUUCAGUUAUUCUGUCAGUGCCAAGCGAUCUCUACCCGAGGAUGGCAACACAGUCUCUCCAUACUCCCUGUCUCCUGUUAGCAGCAACAGUCAGAAGCUGUUACGGUCGCCAAGGAAACCCACGCGUAAGAUCUCUAAGAUCCCCUUCAAGGUGCUUGAUGCUCCGGAGCUGCAGGAUGACUUCUACCUCAACCUGGUGGACUGGUCCUCCCUCAACGUCCUCAGUGUCGGCCUGGGAACCUGCGUCUACCUCUGGAGCGCCUGCACCAGCCAGGUGACACGUCUGUGUGACCUGUCAGUGGAGGGGGACUCUGUCACGUCAGUGGGCUGGUCAGAGAGGGGGAACUUAGUAGCAGUGGGGACUCAUAAGGGCUAUGUACAGAUCUGGGAUGCGGCAGCAGGGAAGAAGCUGUCUGUACUGGAGGGGCACACAGCCAGAGUGGGUGCGUUGGCGUGGAAUGCCGACCAGUUGUCGUCUGGCAGUCGUGAUAGGGUUAUCCUGCAGAGAGACAUCCGAGCCCCGCCCCUCCAGUCAGAACGCCGUCUCCAGGGACACCGACAGGAAGUCUGCGGCCUCAAGUGGAGCACAGACCAUCAGCUACUGGCCUCAGGGGGAAACGACAACAAGCUGCUGGUGUGGAACCACUCCAGUGUUCUCCCGGUGCAGCAGUACACGGAGCACCUGGCAGCAGUGAAGGCCAUCGCCUGGUCCCCCCAUCAGCAUGGCCUGCUGGCGUCUGGAGGGGGCACGGCCGACCGCUGCAUCCGUUUCUGGAACACCCUGACAGGCCAGCCCUUGCAGUGCACCGACACAGGCUCCCAGGUCUGCAACCUGGCUUGGUCCAAGCACACCAACGAACUGGUAAGCACACACGGCUACUCCCAGAACCAGAUCUUGGUGUGGAAGUACCCCUCCCUCACACAGGUAGCCAAACUCACAGGCCACUCCUACAGAGUGCUCUACCUGGCAAUGUCCCCAGACGGAGAGGCCAUCGUCACAGGAGCCGGAGACGAGACACUGCGCUUCUGGAACGUCUUCAGCAAGAUGAGGUCCACCAAGGAGUCUGUAUCUGUUCUGAACCUGUUCACCAGGAUCCGGUAGCCAGAGGGGCGCAGCUGUCCGACAGGGGAACAAGGAGGGGUGAACCAGCCCAGAGGGAAUACUGUACUACACACAACAAUGCUGGAUUCCAUUCUGAAAAAUAACUCCCUUCUCUCCAACCCCUUAUCUCCUCCUAGGCCUCUGGUCGUCUAGGGUCCUUUCACACACCCAAGGCCAGGUCGUCAUGCAGAUAGAGGGGAGUCCAUUUUUCAGAGUGGAAUAAAUCCACUGCCUCACCGCCCAUCACAACCAGUGUGACAUCACAAGGCCACACCCCCAUACAGUACCAUUGGUGCUUUCCCAGGAAGAGGAAAAAGAGGACGACUCUGUGACUUUCCUUUCCCCAAGUGAUUCUGUUUUGUUGACAGACACUGUGCAUACCUGCCAAAUACAAAGUUUGUCCUAUUAUUGAAUGUUUUAUUUAUUGUUUAUCUUUUUUUAAACAUUGUUAUCACGUGUAGUCGCCAGUCUGCAGACUGUGUUUAGGUUUUGUUUUCUGUGUGUGUUAAUGUUGCUUGUCGGACUCUUUGUGAAGAGCCUGAGGCUUUUGUGUGUGUGCCUGCCUUAAAGGGAUAGUUCACGUCUAAAAUCAAACUGUCAUGUUUUCACCUUUGAAGGUAUAGAAAUGUAUGACAUGCUUAGACUUCAGGGUGAGCUGUCCUGUACCUGUUUGUAAACUAGUGAUGGUUAACCCCAGGGCUUGAGAGGUGGGAGGUCUUUUUAUUUUAUUUUAUUUUUUACAUGUUGUAGACCAUUGUAAUUUAUUCACCCGGUAAAAACACCUUUUUAAGUUAAUUUGAAGUGUGAUGAUGCGUGGUAAUAAUGGCGGAAAUCGUACAGGUUUUUUUAUUAGAAAAAAAUCAGUAAUUGUAAUUUUGUAAGUUGAGCAGUGGCCGCAAACAAACUAUACAUAAUCAGUUAGUUAUUCUCUGUAAAUCGUAUUGUUUUGGCAGUUAGUUGUCUUUUAAAAUUUUUAACCAGUUUCUAUCUUUAACCUACAUUUACAGAGACACAUUUCACAUUAUUGCUGUCUAUUGAGUUACAGGAAUUGCUGUCUAUUGAGUUACAAUUGCACUCUACCGAGUUACAAUUGCACUCUACCGGUAUCUCAAAACAGAUGUAAAUAUCUAGGCAUAACCUUUCGCAUUGAGACUUAUACCAGAUACAAGAAAGGAAAAAAAAAACAGAAAAAUAUCAAAAGCAACAUUUAAAAUCUUGUUCAUCCGAUGACCUUUGUUCCUGGGUGAAGCAGUAACUGAAAUUCACUGUAAAGGAAACAAAGGAAAGGCAUUCAUGACAUUUUAAAGGCAUUACUAGUUACAUUGUGCUGUGUGUGUCUGUGGUAAAAAAAAAAAAUCUAUAUAUAUUUAGUCCAUGGCACUUCUCUCUUUUUCCUCAGCAUUUUCUGUUCAUGACUCUAAGCAGAUUUGAAAAUAUCUAAUUUUGUUUUAAUUCAUUCAAAAUCAAUGUUUAGGCAUAUCUUUCUAGUGAUUUAUUUAUCAUUUUCUCAGUUUGGAUGUGGUGCUGGAGUGACCUGGUGUGCCAUCUUUGAAUGAGUGGUAUUUAUUUGAGCUGUGUAAAAGUGUUUAGUAGUAUUAUCUGAGAAAGGUGGAACGCUGACCUGUUCGGUGUAUAUACUAGCUCCGGUCCUAAAUAAGCAUUUGUACACCUUCUUUUAUGCCACUUAGAAACAAAUAAAAACAAAGAAUGCUGCCAACUUGAAAUGCCUAAAGAAUGUUAUGAAGAUAAUAAAUAUUUCUGUAUUGAGA